AUGGGUACGACAUACCAGAUACCGAACCUUGGGUCCUGCGUGAAUCACCAUGCCCACCAUCACGCCCCCUACGUGUCGACGCUAGCCAACAACGACCGGACGAGAAAAGCCUUCAAUGAUGGUGUCUACGAAUCCCCCUCGAGAUAUGCCAUGCCCAGCCAACAGCAAGAAUCUUUCGCACCGUCUCGAGCAGGCCACGCGGCGUCGACUUCGAUAUCCUCGACAUCACGGCACUCUACAAGACCAUCGACUCCUCAGUCGGGCCCAAUGACUGCCGCCGAACAAGCAACGGCGACGAGGGAUGCCACCAUGGUCUUGCACAGCCUGCAGAUUCCAACAUGCAUAAGUCCUAGAGGAGGGAAUCUCGCCGAUUUCGCCGCACAGGUCACCUGCCUCUUCUGGUUCGAGUCGAUCAAGACCCUCGAGGCUGCUGAGAGCUUCCGGGCUCUUGGCCCCACGGGUACCGUUCGGCGGCUGACGGAGAAUGCGAUACCGAUACCGAACUUCAAGAAAUGGGUGCAGACGGUGCUCUCGACAACUCAAGUUACACAGAACGUUAUUCUCCUCGCCUUGUUGUUCAUCUACCGCCUGAAGGUGGCGAACCCGAACGUGAAAGGACGACCUGGAAGCGAAUACCGGUUGCUGACGGUGGCUCUGAUGCUGGGCAACAAGUUCCUUGACGACAACACGUACACGAACAAGACUUGGGCCGAGGUCUCGGGCAUCUCUGUUGGCGAAAUCCACGUUAUGGAGGUCGAGUUUUUGAGCAACAUGCGAUACAGUCUCCUCGUCUCGAAAGACCAGUGGGAGGAAUGGCUUGUCAAGUUGGCCAAGUUCUGGGAAUACUGCGACCGGGCACAACGACCGCCAAUUUCGCCCUUGGUGAUCCCGUCACCUACUCAGCGAAGUAACUUUGCUUCACCACUCCCGUCCCCCACCGGUAUUCACUCGCAGCCGAUCCCGAGCUUGCAUCCAAGUCAGGGCACUCCCCAAACGGCCGCCAGCCAAGCGUGGCAGGCCGCAUACCAGGCUGGCAACGUGAUCUCGCCACUGGCUCUGAAGCCGGAGCCCUACAACACAAGGAAGCGGAGUCUGGCCGAGGAAGACCCAACAGAACCCCCCGCCAAGCGAAUCAGUCGCCAACCCCUAAAGCCCCAGCCUCAGCCAUAUUCUCAGCGGGGAGUCUCGACGGCCGCCUCCGAGUCAGCAAGGUUGCCGGUGCCGAGUCUGGCAAUCAACACGAGCAACACAGCACCUCAGCCUCCCGCCAUUACGCACCCUGCCUCCAAUGGCUACGCUCCCCAGCAGGCAUCCGCACUGUCUCUGCCGCCACUCGUCCCAGGUGUCAGAGCUAUGUCGAGCGUGUACGCACCGACCGCAGCUACCUUGGCAUCUCAGGUGCCCCUUUCGUCGACAAGCGGGCCUCAUGUCAGCACAUCCGCGGCUCCUAUCAUGACCCCAACAACGACGUACCAACCACCCGCCUACGGGACUCCGACUAAGAGAUUAUCGCCGCAGAGUUCGUUAACUCCGGCAACCGCUAGCUAUGCCUCGUCCCCAAUGACGGAAUCAUUCCAGCACCAUGCAAUGACACCUCUUGGCAGUUUGGGAACAGGCAGCGGCAUACACACUCCCAUGUCCCACUCGCCUUCCAUCUACCUCCAGCAACGGCCGAGUCCCUACAAGCCUGUUCGCCAUGUCAACACCCUCCUGUAUCCGCCACCAUCGGCCUUCCUCCACGAGUAUCAUCUGAGCAACGCAGUUCCGCCCGCUCAGAUGCAUUAUCAGCCCCUUGGCCGACGGAAUGAGUACCGCACUGGCAUUGUCCCGGAGUUUGCCGUAUCCGGUUCGGGGCUUUAUCCGAAUGGGCGGCAUGCCUGUCUCACGCCGGCACCCGCUCAAGCCAUCCAGCACAUGGCCCAGAGUCAGGCAAAUCACGCUCAAGCUCAAGCUCAGGCUCGGGCUCAGAUUCAGGCUCAGGCUCAAGCUCAGGCUCAAGCUCAGGCACAGCAAAACCAGUUCGCCCCUACUGUUGGACGGAGCCAGUUCGGGCCAAACUACUAA